GGUGGGCGGAGCCAGUCGGAAUGAGUGGCGGAGGGACAGAGGCCCCUGUGGGUGGUGAGGUCGCCCCGGUCGGCGGCGUCAAGAAGAGGGACUCGCUGGGGACUGCGGGCUCAGCACACCUCAUUAUCAAGGGCUCAGCAACCCAAAGAAGGGCAGUUAUGUCGGAGAGCCUAUGCGACCGACCUGUAACGCAAAGGGCACCGCACUUGGGAAGAGUUUGCGUCCCCAGACGGUCACUUAGGAGUUGUGUAACUUCGGGUCAUUCCGGUUCCUCGCUCUCCGACCCUGUCUGCUCCUGGGUCAGGCCAGGAGUAAAUGACACCAGCAGAAGCGUCCUGAGGCAGUGUUGCAUUGGGAUUCGGCUCAAAUGACAUUUACGUGCAGUCUUAGUGAAAUCUUGGAGAAAUUCAUUCAAGGCUUUUGGAUCACAGACCAGUUAUUCAAGGAAAAACGUGGUCUUCGAGAAAUGCGAGUUCUUGAAAAUUUGAAGAAUAUGAUCCAUGAAACAAAUGAACAUACUCUUCCCAAAUGCAGAGAAACGAUGCAGGACAACUUGAAAGAAGUUCUCCAGAGAUUGCAAGCAGCUAAUGACUCCGUCUGUAGACUACAGCAGAGGGAACAGGAACGAAAAAAGGUGUAUAAUGACCACUUAUUAGCUAGUGAGAAGCAGCGUCAACUCCAGUGGGAGGAUUUCAUGAAAGAACAACCCCUCCGUCAGGCUGAGGUGGAUGAAGAGCACAGGAGAGCCAUGGAGAGGCUUAAAGAGCAGUAUGCUGAGAUGGAGAAGGACCUAGCCAAAUUUUCAACUUUUAAGAACUUGAACUAUAACAUUGACAAAGGAGAAGACAUUGACUUCCCCCACAAAAUGCUCCCACCCACAUUUAGCCUCUGCUUCAAGCUUAGCAAUACUUUCAGUGGCACUCUUAUGUCCAAACGGAAACUUCAGCUCGAGCCUGAUUGAAUGUUCAGUAGAGGAAGAGUGCUACACCAUUCCCAUUUUAAGUGCCUAUAUAUGAUCAUUUGAAUGGGGAAGAAGAGGAGGAAAAUGGGACGAAUUUACUCAUUGUCAGAUUUGACUUGUUUUCUGAUCAUUAGCUGAGAAGUAAGUACAGACUUCUUAGAAGGAACUCAUUCUCACACAGGGUUGGUUAGUUUAUCACCAUGGCUGACAAGGCAGGUAGAAUAGCUGCCUAUCACAGCUUCCCUGGCUGUGAGAGGGAUAAGAAUGCGUAAAGCGUCAUUCCAUGAGUGAUAUAAACAAACAGCUGGCCUUGGAACAAAGAUCACAUUUAAGAGAGGUAAUGAUCAAAAUAUCGUCUCCACUAUCACAAAGAUGGCCACAGUGGUCCUGGCCCUGCCUGCUGGGAAAGAUCACAGAUUUUGCAGUGCAGCAUAAUGCCUGCAUUUCCCUGGAUGACAAGACGUGUCUUAAGCUUUGUGGCCUUCCAGCUCUUAAUAUUUUCAUCUUUCAAAACAUGCUUAGGAGGAAAAGCUUACCAAAAAUAUAUUUUGGCUUUUAGCCUUUCCAAGAACCACAGUCUUGCCCAUGGUAUUUACCUCAUUUUUGUGUCUGUUUUUCUGUGGGUAAGCUUUAUAAGAUAAAUAACGUCUAUACAUGUUUCAACUGUUUAAUGAGUAAUCAGCACAAUCUGCCAAGGAGUCCCUCUGGAACCAUAUAAGCAUUCUGGCUCUGAAUGAAUCAGAAGUGUUUGCCCACAUGGCAAAUGAUCCGUGUUAAAUGUAAAUCCUUUUUAAUGUUCACGUCUGUUCUCUUAAGCAGGUGUAUUAGGAUGAAACUUGUACCAAUUUUGUCAUCACUGUGAUCCUUAAAAUUCUGCAUUUAACAAUCAAAUUGAAGAACUAAGUUGAUUUUGUUUGCCAUAAACCAAGCAAAAGUAAAUGCAAUAAGUUCAAGAGAUUUAUGGCAAAUGAAUUUGAGGUAUGGCUGGAUCUUUCUAGUAGUUUUGAUUGCUUUUUAUUAAGGAAAGGUACAAGAAAGAAAAUAUCUAACGCUCAUGUUAUCUCAGUGUUAUGACUGCAGAAAAUUGACAAUGCUUGACUGUGUAAAAUUAUGGCUUACUGUCAAAGCUUCAUUCUUGGCUGCAUGUUGAAAAUGUGAUUAAAGUUAAUAGA